CACAGCGGUACCCGCUGUAGUUAUUGACUGAAUAUAUAUCGCCAGUGCAUGUUUACCAUAAACUAUUGAAUGGAUCUUACGCGUACUCAACCUUCGGUUUUCAGUGUUUAAAUCCAUAAAGCAUAAAAAAUUGCGUGCUUUUUAUGAAAUAAAGUAAACGCGUGGGAAUGCAUUUACAUUCAAACCAUGAAAAUCUGUACAGUUCUGGACCAUUGUAUUGUUUUCGUUUGGAUAUAUUUGAUAAACAUACAAAGUGUGGUGGGAGUUUUGCCUUACUCAAUCAGUCAAAAAACAUCCGGUUAUCGUUCGAAAGGCUGUCCUGCAGGAAAAUAUUAUGAUGAGGAGACUUACGAAAGGGGUAAAUGUAGGAAAUGUGUUGUAUGCCCUAAAGGCUACACAGAGUUUUCGUCAUGUUCCACGACGACGAACAGGUCUUGUAAACCAUGUAAAAUUGGGACUACUUUCAGUGACAAUCGCGGAGGAAUUUGCCGGAACUGCACUGAUUGUGAACGAGGUCAGUUUGUCAGAAGACAGUGUUUGCCAUAUAGGGAUGCAAGGUGUAAAAACUGUCCUAAUGGAACGUAUUCCUUAGACGGGAAAGGUUUUGGGUGUAAAUACUGCUCGGUUUGCAAAGAACAUGAAGAAGAAGUGUCGCCUUGCACAUCACUUCAGAAUCGAGAAUGUAGUUUGAAAGAAGAUUACACAUUGGGCAACACAAACCAUUGGAAUACUGGGCCAGAAUAUAACAAGGAUUUCAGUUUUUCCACACGGCUCGUCCUCCUCUCUCUUCUAAUAGUUAUUUCUUGCUCUUUCUUUAUUUUCUUGUUUGCAACUAUUUUACAAACAAUCAGCUCAAAGUUCCUACGCUAAUGACUUUCUUGAUUCAACAUUCGUAAUAAUACAUUUAUACCCUUAUAUCCUUAUUGUAUAAAAGAAUAAGAAACACAAACUACUGGAAUGCGAAAUACAAAAUACUCAAAACUAUAUUUCUUUUUUAUAUUAUAUUUACAUUAAAAAUUAUUACUCAUCAAAAAUGCUUUGCUGGCGCAUAGGGACUGAAUUUCUUAUUUUAAGAUUGCUGCUGUCAUUGUUUCGUACCACAAUCGGAACCUUUAUUUAAAAACUAUACUUGUAUUGUUAUUUAAAGCACUUUUACAUGUUUUUUACGCGAGUAACUUCAAAACUAAUUUCCCCUAGAAGUUGAUGUUUUGUAAGAGAACAAGUAGACAAUUAUCUUCAAUUUAGAUAUUCUUGAAAAUCAGUAAACUUUUAUGAUCUUAUCUGAAAAUGUUUCAAAGAGUGCCAAUCUUUGCCACUCAUGUUCCAUUCGUAUGAUUGGUAUAGUAUUUGAUUGUUCAAUACUGUUUUCAUAUCCUGAAAAUAUUGCAUGGAUCUAUAUUACGACUUCAAUAAAAAGCUUAUUGUGACGUGUUGAUUUAUUCAUGCACUAUUUAUAAAACAUUGGCAAUAUCGACACGGACAUUACAAAAA